GGGGGUUUGCUUUUGUUUUUGUUUUGUUAGCUCUCUCUCUGCCUUGUACCACACAGCAUCUGCUGGUAUUUUGUGGAGGAAACCAAACAGAAGGAAAGGGAGAAAGAGAAAGAAACAAAAUUUCGAAAUUAUUUUCUUUUAUUUCCUACUACAUACAAAGUUUCGAAUUUUCCAGGACUUUUUUUUCCUUGUGAAAAUUUUCUUCUCUCCUUGCAACGAGAAAGCAAAAAACCAUAAACAAAACAAAACCCCGCGUUAGUUUCUGUUAGAUACUUCGAUUCUGUUUUGAUCACCAUCCUCAACUUAUCCACAAAAUCCUAUCUUUAACGUAACCGAGACAAAACAGAAACCAGAAGGAAAAACAAUAAAUUUAUUUUUGUGAGCAAUCGAUUUUCAAUCUUGUAUCGAUCAGAUUUGGAAAAAAGAUUGUUUUUUUAAUUCUGGGUUUAUCCCAAAGAUCGGUUUUUGUUUUUUGUGGUUAUGAAAGUCUAAUGAAUGUUAACUUUCUGUUUCUGGGAGUUGCCAAGUUUGUAUAGAAACUGAUAUAAUCGGGUUCUUGAUUCGGGUCAUCGAGCUACAAUGAAAUCUGUGUCACUUGAUUAUUGGAGGAAUUAUUUCAGGACAGCAAGUUCUGAUAUUUUUGGUAUCAUUGAUCAUGCAAUCUUGGUUGCAGCAUCUGAUUGUCCUAAAGAGUUUAAAUUGCGCAGAGAUCGAAUUGCAGAGCGUUUGUUUUCUUGUAGAUUGAUAACGUGUUCGGGCUGUAACCGGGUUGAGUUGGCGGUGCCGGGUCAUGAUGAAGGUGUGAGUGAUGAUGGAGGUUGCUGUAGCAAGAGAAGGGAUGGUGAUAAUUCUGGUGGUGGUGUUGGUGGUGAUGGUGAUGGUGAUGAUGUUGAUAUAGAUAUGGAUGAUGGUGGGUUUGAGUACGAGGGAGGUGGUAGUAAAGGGAGCAAGGUGAAUAGUAGUAAUAGAGAUAAUGAUAUUGAUAAUGGAGAAGUGAAUGUGAAUGAUCAGUUGGUUUGUAAUUUUAGUUAUGGAGAUGCUGAAGCUUUAACUGAUGAGAUUGAAGAGGUUUCUCAGACUGUUGAUGAGGUUUUGAGAAUUAAAGACAUUCUUUAUAACAGCCAAGAUGAGUCUGAUUCCGUGUUGCUUGAAUCUUUGAGGAAGCUUCGACUGUUGGCUUUGACUGUGGAUACUCUGAAGGCAACUGAGAUUGGAAAGGCUGUCAAUGUCCUCCGGAAGCAUGGAUCAAAGCAGAUUCGAUAUCUUGCACGGACUCUAAUAGAAGACUGGAAAGUUUUAGUAGACGAGUGGUAUAGUACUGCAAAUGCUAUAAGAGGUGAUGAAGGUACUCCCGAUUCUGUAAAUCCCUCUGUUGUUGAUGAAGAAGAAGGGCUUCCAUCUCCUCCUUUGGAUGAAGGAGCGUUCUUUGCUACUCAACCUACUUCAAUGGAGCUCUCACAAUUCUUUGAUGGAAUGGAUGAUGAUGGAAAUCCUCGAAACGGUGGGGAAUUCAUCAAGAACCGUGAAAGUGGACAGAGACCAUCAGUGGAGAAACAAAAUUUUGCAAAACAGAAACAACACACUUCUAAUGGAGCAAGUGUCCUUUCCAAAGACAAAAGGAGUCAACAGAUGAGGAGGCAAGAAGCUAUUGUAAAGGCAAGCAAGCCUUCAAAUGCCAAUUCUGGACCUGGAAGACCUCUAAAGCAAAACAUUCAGCAGAAGAUGAAUCAGGAACCACAGUUAAUUCGGAAAACAGAUAAGAUUACCAGCCAGAGAAAGCCUCCAACUGGCCAGCAAGAUAAAUUGAAGAAUUCAGAUGAAGUUGAUGUCCGGAUGAAACUUGAAGCCACAAAAAGGAAACUCCAGGAACGCUAUCAACAAGCUGAGAAUGCCAAGAGGCAAAGAACGAUACAGGUAAUGGAGCUGCAUGAUCUCCCUAAGCAGGGAUAUGUUCAGAAAAACCAGCCCAUUAGACCAGGGAACCAAAACCGGUAUUGGUCACAUGGAAGGCGGCAAACAUUUUAAGUUUAGCGGAAUGCACAUUCGUUGUCUUUCCAAGUAUCAUCCAUUUGGGAAGUCAGCGGAAGAACACGAAUAACUCAGACAUGCUGUUGUUCGAUCUACAAAGAUAAACAAUAAGAGAUCUGUGUGUCAAUCAUACUGAAGAGUGGCCAUUCUUGAUUGCAGGGAAACAAACUUUAGAAACUCUAAUCUCAUGCUUAACACAUUCAGUUAUAGAGACUGUAGGGGGGUUGUUUUGUAAUGCAGUCUGAAUUCUUGACUUUGCACCAGGAUGCAUAUCUGUAGAGAAAACUUUGAUUUGCACCUGCCACCUUCAAUUGACUGCUUCUCAACAUGAUACUUGCCCCCCUUUGUUGACCGCUAGUCAAUCAUAUUUUCCCUUUAAUUUUAACUCACAAUUAGACCUUCACACCAUUGAAAUUGUAUACUUGAGUUUGAACAGAAUAAGUGCAUGUCAUAAAAGACCAGCUGUAAACUACUUGAGGGCAUUGUACAAGGUCAAAUCUCCAUGUUCUUGUAGGAAAUGCACUUAAAUGUAACCUGACUCAAGCAAAUAACAAUAAAACUGCUUGACUAUUUCA